GAAACGGAUCCUUAGCGAAGUCGGUGAAAUUUACUCGACCCGAUAUAUAAAGCGCUCUGAUGCAACUUCUUGAAGCCCUAAACUGUUUGAGCAGCGGCACGGGAAAAAUUCGACAGAGCAGGCGAGAAGAAAGCGCGAAGGAUGACGGAGUACGAGGGAAGGUACGAGGGCAACGGAGUAGAUCUCGACAACUAUGGCUCUUCUCCUCAGCCUCUAGGUCACAACCAUGGCGGCACCGACGACUACAGCGAUUCAAAGUCUCAGGUUAGGUUGGUGUUCAGUGUACUCGAGUACAAGAUCUAAAAUAGACAGCCUUGCCUAUGAGGAAUUUCAAAGGUAUUCUCCCUCAGAUAAACACUCUCGGGAAUAUGAAAGAGAGUCUUCAAAGAGCAGGGAGAAGGAAAGGGAAAAAGGGCGUGAUAAGGAAAGAGACCGGGAUAGGGAUAGGGACAGAGGAAGGGAUAUGGACAUGGACAAGGACAAGGAGAGACAUAGAGAAAGGGACAGGACUCGGGAUAGGGAUAGGGAUUGGGAUAGGGACAGGACUCGGGAAAGGGAUAGGGAUGAAGGUCGUGACCGUCACCGUCACCGUGACCGAGACAGAGACCGAGACCGCUACAGUGAACGGAGUGAGAGACGAGGAAGGGGCAGGGAUAGGGAUGAUGAUGACCACCACCGGAGUCGAGACUAUGAGAGGCCCAAAGAGUAUGAGGGGGACAGAGAGGACAGACACAGACAAAGGUCUAAAUCUCGCUCCAGCGGUAGAUCAGAGCGCAGAUCAAGAUCGCGUUCAAAAAGCAAAAGGAUAAGUGGUUUCGACAUGGCACCUCCAGUUUCUGCAAUAUUAGCUAGUGCUGCAGUUGCAGCUGUUGGAGGUCAAAUCUCGGGGACCACCCCCCCAGUAAUGUUUCCAAACAUGUUCCCUUUGCCAACUAGUCAGCAAUUUGGAGCUCUUCCUAUUAUGCCAGUCCAGGCAAUGACUCAGCAGGCUACUAGACAUGCUCGGCGGGUGUACGUUGGUGGGCUUCCUCCGAGUGCAAAUGAACAGUCUGUGGCGACCUUUUUCAGCCAUGUUAUGUCGGCAAUUGGAGGAAACACUGCUGGUCCAGGAGAUGCUGUUGUUAACGUUUAUAUAAACCACGAAAAGAAGUUUGCUUUUGUGGAGAUGAGAUCCGUAGAGGAAGCCAGCAAUGCCAUGGCCUUGGAUGGCAUUAUUUUUGAGGGAGCACCAGUUAAAGUGAGGAGACCUAGUGAUUAUAACCCCUCACUGGCUGCUACACUGGGGCCGAGCCAACCUAAUCCAAAUCUGAACCUAGCUGCUGUUGGGCUAACACCAGGAUCUGCAGGUGGGCUUGAGGGUCCUGACAGAAUUUUUGUGGGUGGGCUUCCUUAUUACUUCACUGAAGUACAGAUCAGGGAGCUCCUUGAAUCUUUUGGGCCCCUUCGGGGUUUCGAUCUUGUGAAGGACAGAGAAACUGGAAACUCGAAAGGCUAUGCAUUCUGUGUUUACCAGGAGCUCGCGGUUACAGAUAUUGCUUGUGCGGCACUGAAUGGAAUAAAAAUGGGUGAUAAAACUCUUACUGUUAGGCGUGCUAACCAGGGCACUACCCAACCUAAACCUGAACAAGAGAAUGUACUGUUGCAUGCCCAACAACAAAUAGCAUUACAGAGGCUCAUGUUACAACCUGCUGCAUUGGCUACUAAGGUUGUGUGCUUAACUCAAGCGGUCAAUGUGGAUGAGCUCAUAGAUGAUGAAGUUUAUGAAGACAUAAUAGAGGACAUGAGAGUAGAAUGCGGAAAAUUUGGUACCUUGGAGAAAGUGGUCAUUCCGCGCCCGAAUCCCAAUGGUGAACCAACUCCAGGGCUUGGGAAGGUGUUCUUGGAGUACGUAGACAUUGAUGGUGCCACCAAAGCUCGCCAAGGGUUGAACGGAAGGAAGUUCGACGGGAAUCAAGUUGUGGCUGUUUUUUAUCCGGAGAACAAAUUCGCUGAGGCAGAUUAUGAUGGCUAGUUAUCUGCUAAUAUACUCUCUUACCUUUAUUUGUUUCUCUAAGCUUUUUUUAUAUGGGAUUGUUUUGCAGAGGAUUGUGUGCUCAUGACAGUUUGUCUUAUUGUAGUUUUCAUUUCGGGGCACAAUUUAUUCCCUAACUUAGAUUUCUCUGACUUGAUAUUUUGUACCAGGCCAAGAAUGAAAAGGAAACAUUAGUUUUGG